CAUUCAGAGUCUUAAGGUCAUAUUGUCCUUUGUUUUUGUGCAAUCCCCUAAAAGAAACAAACUUCAAAGUGGCUUCUUUGUCAUUUUUCUUUUGAUCUAUUGUGGUUUUGUUAUCCAAAUUCAAGAAAACAAGGAAAAAAAAAAAAGUUCAACUUGUAUAUUUAUUAACUUUAUAUGUUUUAAAAUAUAUGUUUUUGGCUUUUAUGUUGUUUUGUAUUAGUUUAUAAUUAUUGAGCUGAGAAGUGGGGCAGAAUAGAAUUGGCAAUCAGGAUUUUCUGGGGUUAGAGGUGUUUCAGUGUGCUUAUUACAUGUGGAGAUUUGGGAAGGUUGUUUGGAUGAGAUGAGGGAUGUUAUCAAAGUUGAUGAACUACUUGAGGGCUUGUUUUUGGCCGAGGUCGAAUCGAUAUGUUCAUACGGGUUCAGAUGCUGGAGGUCGCCGAGAUGGGCUUUUAUGGUACAAAGAUUCAGGGCAGCAUUUUAAUGGUGAAUUCUCAAUGGCUGUAGUCCAGGCUAACAAUUUACUCGAGAAUCAGAGCCAGAUUGAGUCUGGCAAUUUGAGCUUGCAUGAGUCUGGUCCAUGUGGUACUUUUGUUGGUGUUUAUGAUGGACAUGGUGGGCCGGAGACUUCAAGAUUUAUCAAUGAUCACCUCUUUCAGCAUCUCAAGAGGUUUACUUCAGAGCAGCAGUCUAUGUCUGCAGAUGUAAUACGGAAGGCAUUUUAAGCAACAGAAGAGGGUUUUCUCUCUGUUGUCACCAGACAAUGGCCUAUGAAACCACAGAUUGCAGCAGUUGGAUCUUGCUGCCUUGUUGGUGUUGUUUGUGGUGGAUUCCUUUACAUUGCUAACCUU